AAGCGGUAGACGUUGCGCUUGAGAAAAGCGCAAUACAGCAUCUAGUUAACCAAAACAAGGCAGCAUAGAAGAAAGAAGAAGAAGUGGGUGGAAGAAGAGAGAAAAGGAAAAUAAAAAGUUGCCGGUAGUGCUAUGAAUUGAUAACAAUAAAAAUACUACUACUUACUAUACAUAGUGUAACUAUUUGGCUGCAACUCUGCUUAUUCAGCCACACCUCCUCGCUCUGCUCAUUUCGUUCCUUAGCUAAUCCUGUCUCAGUGCAAAAAACAAUUUUUUAAUUUCCCGUCGCGCGUACUCACAACAUUUCGCGAGGGUCUUUGUAACAAUCGGCGUAUGAUCGACGCGCGUGUGUGUUUUGUUUACUCCGUCCGCCGCGUUGUGUCGCGCCCGUUGAGUGUCGUCAUUGUCAGCGGCGCCCAUUGUUGUUAUCACAGUAAAAGUCAGUGUCAGUGUCAGCGUCAAUGCCGUUAAUCAGCAGGACACGCGCUGUGCUUUCAAUUUCGCAUAACAACAACAGCAAUUAAGGGAUUAAUUACGUAAAGGAAAGAAAGGAAGUGGAAAAAUUUGUGCUGACAGCAUUGAAAGUGGAUUCCUGAUUAAAUGAAGUGAAAACUCUAAUCCCUUUAGAGUGAAUUUAUCUUGCAAAGAAAGUCAUUUAAACAGUCAUAAUAAAAGCUGCUUCAUUUAUGUUGGCGAUACGCGCGUUCGUUAUUAAGUGUUUUGCAACUUCACCCACCUGUCCUGAAGGCAACCAAGCGCGCGCACAGUGUAUCAACGCGCACACAAAGCGGCAAAACGCGCGCGUCUCUUGUUACAGUCGCCGUCUCACGGGCAUAUUCAUGAGAUUUCAAGCGCGUGCGUGAAAUAAUAACAAAAAUUGUAAAACCAUAAAUCAAACACAUUUCCUAUUAUCCGAGGUGACGCGCACAAUUGUCCCGGAAUCAAACUGCGCCAUGGCCGCGCCUCGUUAAUGUGUCAUAAAAAAUUACUGUUUUCGUACUGUUUCUGCGGUCUCAGUAACAACAAAUGUAUAGUUGUGAGCAUAGCCUAGUAAAAUCCAACUAAGCUCACACGCGCGCUCACAAUUAUGCUGCUUUGAAAGGAUUAGGCUGGCGUGUUGAAAAUGCUGCUUAGUCGCGCGGCAUGCAAACGUACACUGGCAAUGGCAUAAAUUCUUUAGUCCCUUUCAACUUCAUUUUAUGCACUUAAAAUUGUAUUCUGAGCAACAGUGGUGUAUUCAAGUGUCUGUGAGUGCAAAAAGUAUCUGCAAGUAGCGACAAAAGUUGGCGAAAGCUCUGGGCGCCUAGGCUAAGGCUAUUUGAAAUAUUAUACAGCAAAAUUGUUGAAAGUACAAAAUCACCGGGAUAAGUGCAUUUAAGAGGAGGUAAAAUAACAACAACAACAAACAUAAAUUUCAACAACCACGCCUUAACAAUCCACUGUGCUUAGCGGCCCAACCCCCAACAUUCAGGCAGCGCUCAAGCCUGCCAUCUAUUGUUUGCGUCUCCACUUUCAACCAGUUACUUGCUAGCAUUAGGCCUUUUGUGAGUUCCAGUUCUUGUGUUUACCGGUGCGCGUCUAAAGAGUAAAAUAAGCGUCAACAAGCCGCCAAACAAGCACACUACACAAAUAUACAUACAUAUGCAUAAAUGCGUAUGUAAAUAUGUAUAUAAGUGAAUACGAAUGUUUAAAUGUUUGAAAUCGUGCGCGCGCUUCAGUGGGCGUCAGUGACAAUGUGUAUUGCCGGUGUUUGCCCUUUGUACGCGUAAAGCCGAUCCAUCGCCAUUUCGCAUACCUUCGCUUGUAUUGUGAUAUGUGUAUAGUGUGAGCGUGUCAAAUUAUCAAAAAGGAUAUUUUAUAUUAUGCACGCGGCUAUAUUCACUUAAUGUCUGUCGCAUGAGCUUACUCUUUAGCGAACACAAACGCUUCAGUUACGCUGCGCUGCGCUACGGACGUCAACAGCAUUAAUCCUGUAUUCCGAUACACCAGGCGCUAGUGAUGCAGCCAGCAGGCGGGUCAGCCAGUCUAGCGCGUAAGCUUCUCAGCUAUUCAAUUGUAUUAAGUCCGGCGACCGCAACACCAUUUAAGCUGAUUGCGUUUUGAUAAAUGCGGUGACCAAAGAUAGUUAAAGAGUUCAAGAGUGAAACCUGAAAGAAGAAAGCUGAAAAAGGGUUGUCAAACACAUAUGUGACAUGCCGAAAAUUGCGGCUCUCGUAGGCAAGGGUAUGUGACAAGCAAAUGAAAAGAAACAACGAAUGCAAAAAAAUUUGUUUGCAUACAUAGACAUAGCCAUAUAGAAGUGAUGUAAAAUCACUGCCAAAAUACUAGCGGAUUUAGUAGAACACGAAUAAAAAAGGGACAUAAAAAUUUAAGCUCAAGCAAUACGCCGCGCAGAAACAACGCACAAACAAACUGAAGGCAGAAAGUUUUCAAAGUCUGUCUUCUGACGACAGAGCAAUGGCAUUUGAUGACUGCUGCUUGCCCGAAAAUGAGACUAACCGGCAGACAAGCACGAGAACAACAACAAUAGCAACAGAAGUGUCCGCAAAAGGAAAAAUACAAACAGCCUUCGCAACACUUGACAACACACCACAGCUGCGUAUGCAACAACAACGAAAGGGAUUGUGAAAAAGAGCAAAGCAACAGCUGUAACUGCAAUAACCAGCAGGACAACAUUAAGCCGCAUUAAACCACACUGCCGACGCCACUCGCGGAACACAGCCACUGCCACAGGCAUUGCAUAAAACGAGAAGCCGCAGAAAAAACCAGCUGGUGGAAAAAAAGCAAUCACGCUGUUGAUUGUACGACGCUUAUGGUGAAAGUGCUGCUGGUCAACGACCACCAACCAACAAGCAAUUCAGCUACAAAACAACAACAAAAAACUAACGCGCGCAAAUAGUAAAAAUCAAAAGAGGUAGAGGGAGAUAGAGAAAAGGAGCAAAGGAAUCUCAAAUCACAGUCCUUGGGCAAUUCGAGCACAUUGAAAUUGGAAUUGACUAGCGGCAAUAGAGUGUCGCUCUUUGACGUUGUUGUUGUUGUUUGUUUCGCCAGGCACUGAACUCAGUUAUACUGGGCAGGCUCGUCUAGUCGCUUUUCCUCUAUUUUUUUUUUUGCUUUUGCUUUAUCAACACAGCAAGCAGCGAACCCUUUCACGCCUACGAUAAGCAAAUAGAGCAAGUAAAUUGAAAAAUCAAAGAAUAUAAAUAAAUAAACCAAAAGGCAAGCAGUACGAAAAACAAACAAAACCGAUAUAUUGAGAAAAGGUCACGAAACAGCGUUAGAGCCUUAUAUUCGGAGAGGAGCAGCUGUCAUCAGCAGCAAGUUUUUUUUUUUCAAUUCUCUUUAAAUUUUUGGUGGCUCACUUUCCCAUUUCGUUAUUUCAAAAGCACACGUUAUCAGAUUUACAUCUGCUUCUCACCGUCAAACUACUGUUACACGUCUGACGGUUUCUGCAAGCCUCCCUCUCCUCGUCGCACACUCAAAGGCAAUUCCUAUCAGCGAGAUGAUAUCAAAAUUUUGGUUGAACGUUUGGUGUGCACUGGUGGUCAGCUGGUUCCCACUGCUAACCGACGGCUAUCUGAAUGUUUUCAUCAGUCAUCGCGAAGUCAUCAAAUUAAUGGGCUUGGAAGCGGAUUUGUUCUAUGUGCAUGAGGGCGCCAUAAACACAUACGCCAUGCAUUUCACGGUGCCAGUGCCAGCAGAUGUGCAUGAUUUAGAGUUCUCAUGGCAGAGUUUGACCACGUAUCCGCUGCCCUACACCAUCACCAUCGACUAUGAGCAAGACCAGACUGCGUUAGCCGCGCCCACGCUCAGCAUACCCGACAAGGGCUAUGUGCCACAGCAAAUUGAGACGUUUCUGGUGCAUUUGCCGUGUACGGGCAAUGGCAAUAAGGAGGUGCCGCUCGUCGUCAAUAUGCUGGUGAGCGGUCCGCCGCGCACUAAUGACACCAAAUUGCAUUUUAAACGGAAUAAAAUCUGCCUCAAAGGUUUAUUUCCCGCUCCGAAUCAGUCAGCAGCGCCCGCUCAAGCGCCCUCGCCGGGACACGCGCUGCUGGGUGCCGCGGCUUGUGCACUCGGCCUAGUGCUGGUUGUUGGGCUGGUUGCGUCGGCCAUGUAUGUACGCGCACGCAAGCAGAUACGGCAGGAUUCAAUGCAUACUAGCUUCACCACUGCCGCUUAUGGCAGCCAUCAGAACGUUUUUAUACGCUUGGAUCCGUUGGGAAGACCGCCAAGCGCGAACAGUGGUUCCUAUGCGACUAUCGCUAGCCUGAAUAAGUAUCCUUCGGAGUCGAAGAAGUCCUGCAACAUAUUUGACAGAUUUCGCAGUUCGCCGCCCACACCCUCGCCCUAUGCGACCGCUUUAUUACCCAUGGGCAGAGAUCAUAUCGCUGACACAAUUUACUCUAAGCCGGAAUCGAUCUGCCCCUCGAGAAUAUCCUACUAUGCCUCAUCGCAGCUAACGCAGCUCGGCACUCCAUUUCUCGCAUUCCAGGUCUACAGCAUGUCCACACCGAAGAGCAGUCGCGGCGGCGGCGGCGGCGGCGGCGGCAAUGGCAGCGUCUUUGGCGGCGCUAGCUCCUCUGCUGGCAGUGGUAGUGAUCCCAAGGAGAAACUCCGUCGCAUUCCUAAUGUACAACCGGGUACACUUAUGUGCCAGCAUCUAAUCAAGGAAGGCACCUAUGGACGCAUCUAUGCCGGCAAUUUAGGUGAUGCCUGCGAUGUGAUUAUCAAAACAGUCGUCGAUGGUGCCUCGCUGACGCAAGUUGCAUGUCUGUUGCAGGAGGCCUCGACGCUUAUUGGCGUGUGUCAUCCGAACAUAUUGACGCCUUUGCUGGCGAACACCGAGCUGCCAGGACCACCUGAGAUUGCAUAUCCCUAUCCGUCCAAGGGCAAUCUGAAAAUAUACUUGCAGAAAUCGCGUGAACUCAAUUCGCCGCUUAGCACCCGCCAACUAGUCGAGUUCGGUUUGCAUGUGACUAAAGGUUUGGCGCAUCUGCACUCGAUGGGUAUUAUUCAUCGCGAUGUUGCAACGCGAAAUUGCUAUCUGGAUAUGGACUGCUAUGUGAAAAUUUGUGAUAGCGCUCUGUCGCGCGAUCUCUUUCCUGACGACUAUCACUGCCUGGGUGACAACGAAAAUCGUCCGCUCAAGUGGAUGGCUUUGGAAUCAUUACAGAAGAAGUACUUCAACACUUAUAGUGACAUUUGGACUUUGGGUGUACUCUUCUGGGAGUUGGCAACACUGGCGCUUACACCUUUUGAGGAGGUGGACAUUUUUGAGUUGAGUGCAUACCUCUCGGAUGGUUUUCGUCUGGGUCAACCCAUCAACUGUCCCGAUGAAUUUUUCACAGUGAUGUCCUGCUGCUGGCUCGAGGAUCCGAAACAACGACCAUCUUUCCCCCAAUUGCUGGCGUACUUACAGGAUUUUCAUGAGGAUCUUGGCAAAUAUAUAUAGGCAUGUUAAAAUUUAGGAGCCAGCUAAGCAGAAGUGACAGCGGAAAUGCGGCAAUAAGGAUAUAGCGCUCGAAAAAUACCAAAAAUGUAUGUACAUAGACAGUUUAUAAGAAAAAAAAAAAUAGAAAAAUCUAUCAAAUUAAUUGAGCGUUUUAAACUCUAAUUAGCUAGACUUAAAAAAAAAACGAAAGACAUGAAUGUGAAUGUAAAUGAGAGAUGCGCACGCGCAUGCAGUUGCAAGCGCUACUUGCAAUUAGGCAAAGGUUUAUCAAAACGAAAAAGCACAUAAAAAAAUAUGUGUGCAAAAAAAAAUGUGGAAACAAAAAAUAUUUAAUGAAAUUAAUUAAAUUGGACGGGGUAAAUUUUACUCUUUUAUUGAUGAAUGUAGUUGAUAAAUAUGUGCAAUGUGUGUGGUUGGGUUACAUAAACGUGAACGAGUUAAAACGCGCACACAAAAAAAAAAAACAAAAACAUAUGCACACACACGCGCGCACAUUUAUUGUUAUGAUAUUGAUUGUACUUAUUAUUAAAUUUAAAUGCGGUGAGUGAAUAUAUAUUUUUUAAAUUUAAGCGAAUAUAUUGAACA